AGGUUUGUUAAAUUCAAGUGUCAUCAAUGUCAGUCAUAAGAACUAAAACUAAGGAAAAUGGGUGAACUGCAAUGUACUUUGGAGUUUUCUGUUGAACUUCACAAAUUCAUCAAUGUAGACUUAUUUCAAAGAGGCUUUUAUCAAGUUCGAAGUACAUUGAAAGCAUCACCAAAGCUUCCUGUGAAGAUAGAAGUGAAUUUGCCCAAAAAUUCUAGUUGCUCCUUGGUAUUUCCUGCUUGCAUAGUAAAUGGAACAGCUGUUAGUAAAACGUUUCAGAUUCUAUAUAAGAAUGAAGAGAUUAUUUUGGAUGAUAUUAUUAUUUUUAAAGUCCAUGCCCUUGUUGAUGGUCAUAAGGUUCGAGAAUCUCUUUUGAAAGCAGAUUUUCAGAUUAUUGUUGAACUGUGGUUUACAGAUCAGUCAUUUGGACCCGACCACCAUAAUUCCAUCCAUUGUGUGAGUACAAGAACUUUACUUCUACACUUUGAUCCUUCUAGAGGACUACAUCAUCAUAUACCUUUGUUAUUUGAUUACUUCCAUUUAUGUGCUGUGACGAUCACCAUCCAUGCCUCUGUCAUAGCUGUUUGCCAGCCAUACAUCAGAAAGGGUAUGGUAGUGUCGCCUCAUGAAAUUGGCUUACAGAAACCCUCAAAGCAAAAUUUCUUGACUGGGAGCCCACGCUUAUUGAGUAAAAAAUCUCAUUCCAGUAUAGAAGCUGUUUUAUUUGGGCCACAGGUAGGACGUUCUGUGCCAUGUUCUGCUCGCUUAUGUAGGGCACGUAUAAUUCACUGGGAACUGUGUUUUCUGUUACUCUCUGCUCAUAACAGUUUAUGCAGAAAAGUGAUGGAAUACAUGACAUUAUUACCUCCAUGGCAGCAAUUAAAACUAGAUGCUUUAGAAGAUUCUUCUUAUUUAAGAAAUCUGAGUGACUUUGCAAAGGAAUGUCACAAACAUGUGAAAAGUAGUCCUGUUCCAUCUAGAGAGCAACUUUUUGGUCCAAUAGAGGGUAUGGACAGUGAAGAAUUUCUGAUGAAAGCAAAUAGUGAUAUUGCUCAAAUAUGUGGUGCUCUUAUUCUCUUGUGGCAAAAGUUUCUUGAGACUGUGAUAGGGAAUGAAAAAGUACGACAACAUUUAUCCCGACAGAGGCAUUUUCAGAGAGUGAAACGCUUUUCAGAGGCCUUUUUCAUCAUUGAAAGGAGUAGAGAUUCUGCUUUGGCUCCCUGUGAUAGCAGUGUUGAAGCUUAUCAAGAAGUUUCAGAGUGCUUAAGGAAAUCAUCAUAUUUUAACUUACUGCCUCCCUUAGAAGUAGAGUGUCUUGAGUUUGAUGGAGAUCUGAAUUCCUUGCCAAUUGUGUAUGAAGAACAUUAUCAAGAAACUGCUCGCAGGGGUUCAAGUAAUAGCCAAAGUUCACAAUCUGAAUCAGCGGUCAGUUUAACAGAUGUCAAUUUCCUUGUGGAAGAAAAUAUAGAGGAAGGUACUGAAGCAGUUAGAAGAAAUUCUCAGGGAUCUCUAGGCCAAAAAUAUAGAUCUCCUGAUAUAUCUGCUACUCCAACAAGCCCAUCUGCUUAUUCUUGGUGUCCAGAAUCGAUGGUUUCAUCAUCCACAUCUGCAAAAUCAAACUGUAUUCCAUCAAAGAAACUAUCAUUGAAAGAAAAAAUUAUGAACAAUUUUAAAGCUGAAUUUGAUAGUGAUUAUGACGAAAAUGUGCUUCCUGCUAGUUCAUUGUCACGAGCAAGUCAUAAAAUAAAUGUGAGAUCAAAAAUUAAUUUAAGAUCAAGAACAGUGAAUUUUUUACGCCAAUUAAAAAAACCACAGUUCAAUCAUAAUCCUACAGUUGUAUUACUGGGUGUUAAAAAAUUAGAUUCUUACUGUAGUGUAGCUAGUGGGAGUAAUAAAUCAUCAAGAAUGCCGUUUGCAUUAGACAGUGGCAUACGCCAUUCUCAAAGUACGCUUUCUGUUAUGAGUACUUUGUAUGCAGAGGGCAAUGUGUCAAUUCCUAAUAGUGAAUCAAUGCCUGAUUUGACAUCUGGUUUUGUACCUCCUCCACCACCACCUCCAACACAAAAACCACGAUUGAAAAAUACUGACUCAGAGAAGGCAUCUGAAUCUUCGUUACAAAAUCAAGGUACUUUGCCAUGCAGCUUAUGUUCUGCAAAAAAUGACAUCGAAGAUAAAAUUAAAUGCUCUCAUAUUCAUUCCAUGUCUGCAAUGCACACUGAACCGGAAAAACAUAAAAGAAAUGAUGAUUCUGUAUUUGAGAAUCUUAAUGAUGCUCAUUCUGACUUUACACCCAGUGACCCAUUUAAAGAUACUUGUGGAGUGCCUAGUAUAUCUUCCGUUAAAGAACAAAUGAAUAAGCAAUCUGAAUAUAUUGUAUCCAGCCAGCCAUUAAAAUCUGGAGGUGAAACAAUAUUUAACCGUGUAGUAAAAGAAAAGUCUCAUAAAUCUAAUUCUCUUGUACCAUUGUCAAUAGCUUCAGAAGAAUCUAACACUUCAACAGGUGAAGUAGUUUUUAAUUCCAAUAUUUGUGAUAUAUGCCCUCCAUCACCUCCAGUGCAAUUUAAAGAUCCUCCAGAUAUGGGUGCUGAGAAAAUAUCUUCAACGAAAAAUGGAAAAUCAUCAAAAGUGGUGAAAAAAGUAUCUCCUGUUGACGUAUAUGCAAAAUCAAAUUUUCCAUGGCCUAAUGAUAAUUGUUUGACUAGUAUUAUUUGCCAGGGGACAUUGUUUUUUCCUAAACCGCCAGCUCAGUUUGGUGAUGAGACAGUUAAAACAAACAAAACUAAAGAGGAUAAUAGUGAAAAUUCUUCAAGUGAGACUAUUUCUUCUGCUGAGGAGCCAAGCUCUUCAUGCAAAGAAAUAGAAUAUUCUCCCAAGAAUGCAGGUGAUGUUGAAAUAAAUUCAUCAAAAUUCUUUGAGUUUAUUGAUACAAAAUGUACCAUUAUGGAAAUGCUAAGUGAUUUAUCUGAGUCUGAUAAUUCAUAUUUGCCUGCUGAUAGUGAUGAGGGUAUAGCUGAAGUUUCUUUAAAUUCAAGUACAGAAAGACAAAGAAGUUGCAGUUUAUUUAAUACAAACGUGUCAUCUGGAGAAGAUACACCUAGUAUCCGUAGAGCAUCAGUUAUUGGAACAGAAAUGAUAAGUUUUGUAAAGGCAAAAGAAGAAUUUCGUAAACAGUUACGAUAUUCAUGGCUAUGGUAUAGUGAUUUCCCAAAUCUUGCUUCUGGUGUUCCAUACUUUCAGUGUGAUAGUGAUCUUCGAGCUUUUAGCCCUGAAGGAAUGCAUCUAGUAGUCUGUGUUCAUGGAUUGGAUGGAAAUAGUGCUGAUUUAAGAUUGGUGAAAACUUAUCUGGAGCUUGGAUUGCCAACUGUUAAUUUUGAGUUCCUGAUGUCUGAACGAAAUCAGGGAGAAACUUUUGAUGAUUUUGAUACUAUGACAGAUCGUUUGGUUUCUGAAAUAACAUAUUACAUUGAAGUAUACGGUUUAAAGCCUGCAAAAAUAAGCUUCAUUGGCCACUCUCUUGGAAAUAUAAUUAUACGAUCUGCUUUAACUAGACCAGAGAUGAAACCGUACAUGAACCGGCUGCAUACAUUUUUGUCUCUAUCUGGUCCUCAUUUGGGAACACUUUAUAACAGCAGUGGUUUAGUUAAUAUGGGUAUGUGGUUUAUGCAAAAAUGGAAGAAAUCUGGUUCAUUGUUGCAGUUAGCUAUGAAGGAUGCAUCAGAUUUGAGACAAACCUUUUUGUACAAAUUAAGUCAAAAAUCUGGUCUGGAACAUUUUCGAAAUAUACUUUUGUUUGGAUCUUCUCAAGAUCGUUAUGUACCUCUCCAUUCAGCUCGAAUUGAACUUUGUAAGCCUGCCCUUAAAGAUACGUCCUUACAAGGUAUGGUUUAUCGAGAAAUGGUAACCAACCUUAUUCAGCCAAUCAUACAGAAUCCUGAAAUUGCCCUCCUUAGGUAUGAUGUCCAUCAUGCUCUGCCUAGUAGCGCCAAUUCUUUAAUAGGCCGAGCUGCCCAUAUUGCCGUCUUAGACUCUGAAUUAUUUAUCGAGAAGUUUUUAGCAGUUUGUGGAUUGAGAUUUUUCAUUUAAUUUAUACAUAUAUUAACAAAGAACUAUUUGUGUUGUUGAAUUUAUACUGUGAUGCUUAAAUGUGAGUAAUUAAAAUAUGAAAUACGUUCUUGAUUUUUUGUUGCCAUUGGCUGAUAUGGAUCAAAAUACUGCAUUUUGGAUAAGCCCAAAUUUCAUGGUGUAGCUAACUUAGAUAAUGUAAAUUUUUUGUAUACAAUUCUAACUGUAGAAUAUUCAUAAAGAUAUGAUUUUCUGAAUAAUUAAGAUUAAAAGACAUAAAGCUUACCUAUAUGAUAUUAAAUUAUUUUUAUUUGAAUGUUUUGUGUGCGUAAUAUAACUUAUUAAGUCUUCAAAUGAAACUUUGAACUAUGCAGCUAGAAGCAUGAGAGCUUCUGUGAUAUGAUGAAUGUUUUAUAAUACUGUAUAUAAAGUACAAAAUUAUAUAAAAUGCUCAGAAAUAAGAGAGUAGCAGACUUUCUUAAAUUUUCUGAUUUUUUUAAAUUUUUAUUUAUUUUUUAUUUUUAAAUUUUGGAGACAAGGCCAGAUUUCAGGCAUGUGAUUUGAACUGUAAAAAAAAUUACAAAUGUGAAAUUACUGUAUGAUUUCUUUUUCUGUAUGUAAUGUUUAAUUCUGAAAUGAUUGAAAGUUUUAAUUUUUAAGCUAUGAUUAAUUUAUUUAUGAAAUAUGCAUAUUCUGUUCAUAAUGUGAUAUACUUUUGUGAGCCUCUGCAUAUACCUUCAUUUUGCUAGAAUUAUUGCAAUAUGCAAGUUACUGUAAUUUUUAGUCUUAAGAUAUUAUAUAUUAAUCUUUAGCAUAUUUCCUGAAAAGCUUGAGCUUUUAAUCUGUUUUUAAGAUGUAUAUCUUAUACUAUCUGUUUGUAUUUGUUACCAUUUGUGUGUCAUCAGAAUUUAAAUAAUUAUAUUUAUUAUUUGUGCUGUUUAACAGCAUCCUUUAUCAGCUGCUAUAGUGUUGCAGUGCAAGGGUCCAGACAUGUUACAUUCGGUUUUUAAUAUUUUACCACAAAUUUGACAUUUUGAUAUGUGUUAUUCAAGAGAAAAGAAUGAGCUUGUUGCAAUUGUGCGUUUGUUUUUGUGGUGCCAUGAUCAUAUUUUAGAGAUCUGAAUUAUACUAAUUUAAUCUUGCUAUAUUUUUUUUAUUUUUAGCAUACCUUUAAGUGUUUUAGAGUACUGCUUACAGGCCAUGUCAUUUCUUACUUUUUUAACAUUCUAAAGUAUGUAUGCAUGAUAAGAUUAUGUGCUGUCAUAUUCAUGAAGCUUUUUUUAAACUAAUAUAAAAAUCUUAAAAUGGAAUUUGUAUGACACUACUUUGAACCUGAAAGACCUGGAGCUUGUGUGAUACUAACCCUGGGGUAUACAUGCUAAAAUAAUAUUUCAUAAAACAUAAAUGUGUUUUCUAAAAUUACAAAUGUAACUGAAAUAUCAGCAUCUUAUUUUAUGAACUUGUAAGAUAGUAAUAUAUUUCUUCCCUCAUGUUACUUGCCCACCUUUGGCUGAGUGGUAAAAUUGCUGAUCACUGGUAGUUAAUCCUGGAUUCAAAAUCCUCGCAGGCAUGCUAACACAUUGGAAGCUUUUUGCCAUGUGUAAUAUGGAUACGAACCACUUCCUUAAAAAAGUUCUCCACGAAGCCAUCUCUUCCUUUAGGUAGAUAGCUGUUCCAUGCUUUGCCAAAUGAUAAUCCAAUGCUGCUAUCAUGCCCAACUAUUAAAAAUAGCCGGCCCAAUUACCAAAUAUAAAGGACUUGGAUUGAGUUCCUAGUGAUACCACAGUUGAUUUGAAAGAUUUUCUUGCUUUGGAAAACUUAAUGAUAAUUCAUCGACAUACAAAAUUAAAUGCACUAGGUGGUGUGUAUUUCCUAUAAUUGCCCUUUAAGGUGAUAACAUAAAGAAUCUAUAAUGUUCAUCUGUCAAGUGUCAAGCCAUACACUGUUUAUUAGUUUGAGAUACCAAUAAGAGUAACACACAUUAGUUUAUAGUGUCAAUUAUUGCUUAGCAGAAGUAGUUCCCAUAGUGAUGCUUGUGAGUUUGAAUGUCAAUUAAGGCAUGGGACACUGGUGUUGUUUCUUGGCAGUAUUAUUUAACUUAUUGGUAAUAUAGACUUCACAGUGUUCUGGAUAAAGGUGCAUUGAAUUGAUCAACAUGUUUAACCAUCCUCAGCUAAUUCCUAAUUUGCUAGUCUUUGAUUAUUGAAGGGAGGGAUAAAAAUUCACUGAUUGGAAAAACAGUUGAUAUAUGAUGGGUAUCUAACAAGAUAACAAAAAUUAUAAAGCUUUGGAUAAUUAUAAUAUUUGAAAGUAAGGUAAAAUAAUUUGGAUUGAAAUGAAACAAAAUUUAAUAACUGAAAAAGUAAUUAAAAGUUAUAAAUAAGAAAUAUAUAUACAUAUGUUAAAAUUGCUUUAAGUAAAUUUUAAAAACAAAAACUCACAAAUUGUACUUGUUUGUUAAUAUGAUUACAUUAUAUUAUGGUAUGAUAGUUAAAUAUUGUGGUGAUGUCUAUCAUCUGUCAAAAAAUUUAUACAUAACAUUGGUUCUGGGAACUAUCAGUGAAAAGGCAAUCAAAGGAUGUAAAUACAGACGCAGUUUUUUUAAGAUAAUUAUAUUACAUCUGUGUAAAACUAUCACCUGAGCCAUUUCUCUUUAUGACAAACUUGUUUAUUUCUCUCUCUCUCCUUUUUUUUUUUUUUUUUUUUUUUUUUUUUUUUUUUGAAAUGUUGUAUUUAAUUUUUUUUUUCAUAUUCUAUUUAAUGAACAUUUGGGGAUAUUUUAUUUUCCAUUAUUUAAUAUUUAUUUCUUCUCCUUAACAUAAGAGGACUCACAUUUUUAGUGAGGUGUCGAAAACUUUCGUUAAUUGACAGGGGUAAUUUGUAUUUACUGAUUGCGCAUAAUUCUGCAGUUAUGCUCUGAUCUCAUAGUUUUUUUGUAAGUAAUUCUAAGCCAGGGGUUCCCAAACUUUUUGUCCCUAAGAGCACAUUCUAAAAUAUCUGUUGGAUGGUGGGCGCCAUUUAAUUUUUCAAUGUGAAUUUAUAAUGCACAUAAAAAAAAAGGAUCGGUCUCAUUUCACUUUGUGCUGGUAUCUGUGUUGGAUGCAAUUUCUAAUUCAUUAAAAAUAAGAAAACUUUCACAUAGAAUUUUAUUGAAAGCAAACAUUUUUAUUGUGAUUGCAUAGCGGCAGGCAAACGCUAAACAAUCGGUGGGUGCCAUGGUGCCUGCGGGCAUAGGGUUGGGAACCCCUGUUCUAAGCCAUAUAUUUUGCUUAAAACAGAUGUAUGUUUAAUUCUCAAAUCUACCAUCUGUGUAUGGAGAUAUGUUAAUAUAUAUGUUGUAAUGUGUAGUGAUAAUGGAGAUAUACGAUGAAAAUUCCGACAGUUACGUCAUUGCAAAUAUAUGUAUUUACUCAGUAUUUAUAAGUAGAUAUAAUAUUUUGUUACAUUAUGUACUGUUUACAGAUAUUUGUAGUGUCUAUGAAAGUACAUAUUACAUGAAUAUAAUUUCCAGUUAUUUCCAUGCACUGUAUAAUUAAAAUAUUUACCAUUUACUUUUAUGUCAGGCAUUUGUUGGCUUAUGAAUGUGACAGUUUGAAAUUCAUUAUCAUAUUUUAAUUUAGUGCUUCAUUUCAUGUCUAUAUUAAUGUUAGUUGUAAAUUCAGUUAUAUGUAUAAAUGUGUAUUUUACUUAGAGUCAUUUUAUUAUUUAUGCAGGAGAAAACUCUAAUAAUAAUUGUCUUGUGCAUUUGGAAAAUAGUGUACUUUAGCUUCAGAUAGUAAGUAUUAAAAGGUUAUGUGGCCUGUAUUCAGUAUUUUUGAUUAUCAUACUUCAUUUUUGUACAUACAUUCAUUGCAAAUUUUAAAUUAUAUUUGACUAUUAUUUUCUUUUUAAAUAUUUUAUAAUUAUUUAACUGUGUUAGCCUUGAUUCCUACUUUCAUUUUAGAAAUUCUCAUAUAUACAUACAUUAUUGU